AUGGGUGGUAUCGGCAAAACCACGCUUGCCCAGCUUGUCUACAAUGAUAGCAGAGUCCAAGAUCAUUUUGCCUUGAAGGUGUGGGUAACUGUAUCAGAGGAUUUUGAUGUUUUUAAACUUACAAGAAUAAUUAUUGAGGCGAUCACUUCUCAGAAAUGUGAUAUCCAGGACCUAUAUCAACUUCAAAAUGCACUGAAAACUCAAUUAAUGGGGCAAAGAUUUCUUUUGGUUCAUGACGAUGUUUGGAACGAAAAUUACGAACUUUGGGAUGCUUUAAGGAGCCCUUUUAACUCUGGAGCUGACGGGAGUAAGAUUAUUGUGACCACACGUAGUGAAAUUGUUGCAUCAAGGAUGGGUACUGUUCCAACAUAUUCUCUACCGAUGAUAUCAGAAGACGAUUGCUGGAACUUGUUUGCUAACCAUGUCUUUGAAAAUAGAGGCUCUCAGAUACAUCUGGAUUUGCAAGAAAUGGGUAAAGAAAUUGUUAGAAAGUGCAAGGGUCUUCCUUUGGCAAUAAAAUCAAUUGCUGGUGUUCUACGCUCGUUAUCAAGUCCGGAGGAGUGGAAAGGGAUACUAGAAAGUGACGUGUGGGAGUUGCAAUUUCAAGAAAACCAGAAGAAUAAUAUUCUUCCAGCAUUAUGGUUGAGUUACCAGUGGUUAUCUCCACAUCUAAAGCGAUGCUUUGCAUAUUGCUCAAUAUUCCCAAAAGAUUACGAGUUUCACGAAGAUGACAGAGAAAUUGUAGUGAUGUUGUGGAUGGCGGAAGGACUUUUGCAACCUGAAAGAGGAAGACGGCUGGAAGAUGUUGGAAAGGAGUACCUAGAUGCUCUGAUAGCAAAGUCCUUCUUUCAACGAUCAAGGGACCCGUUUCGACGACCAAUUCUCCUUAUGCAUGAUCUUGUGCAUGAUUUAGCUAUGCGCAUAUCUGGCGAGUCUUCUUUAAUGUUAAAUGAUUGCCAUGACCUGGAUGGCCUUACAAGCAACAUUUGUCAUUUGUCAUUUAGAAAAGAAUCUAGUGUCGUGAGGAUAUUAAAAGCUUUAUCCAAAACUAAGUGUUUGAGGACCCUGCUAGCUUUACCAUUGUCAUAUACCAACGAGCGUAGGUCAAUUAUGAUCCUAGCUUUACCAUUGUCAUGUAUCAUUCGCUGGUCACUGUCAGAUACUGCCCUGCGUAAAUUGUUGCCAGGAGCUGGAGGAUGCUUAAGAGCUAUCUCUUUAUCUAGAUAUGCUAUUACAAAAUUGCCAGAUUCAAUUGGUAAUAUAAAGCAUUUAAGGUACUUGGACUUAUCUCAUACCAAACUCAAAGACAUUCCCAGUUCAAUUUGCACUCUGUAUAACUUGCAAACACUGUUGUUGUCAUAUUGUGAUGAAAUUACACGAUUGCCAACUAGCAUGUGUCUCUUAAUCAACCUACGUCAUCUCGUGAUCAAAGGAACGCGAUUAAAAGAGAUGCCGCCACAGAUGUACAAGUUGAAAAAUCUACAGACGUUAAGUUAUUUUGUCUUGGGCGAAAAUGGUGGUUCUCGGAUCAAAGAGUUGGGAGAACUAGAGUCUUUGCGUGGAAGUCUUUGUAUUUUCGGCCUUGAAAACGUGGUGGAUGUUGGGGACGUGAUACAGGCUGAUUUGAAGAACAAAGAGCAUCUUACUGAGCUUAUUUUAAAAUGGAAGUAUGGAGAGAUUGAUGAUUCAACAAAAGAAAGACAAGUACUUGAUGCGUUGAAACCGCAUGGAAAGCUGAAGAAGCUCAAAAUCAGUGGUUACAGGGGUACAAGAUUCCCAGAUUGGGUAGCACAUAAAUCGUUUAGUGACUUGGUUGAAGUGUCUCUGAUUGAAUGUGAACGUUGUUGCUUGUUGCCCUCAUUUGGGCAACUACCUUCCCUCAGAAAGCUAGAGAUUGCAGAUAUGAAUGGGUUGGAAAGUAUAGGAGAUGAAUUUUGUGUUACUUCCUUGACAAAGCCAUUUCCAUCCUUAGAAAGCUUGAGAAUCAGGCGCAUGAAUUUGUUGGAGAAUUGGUCAUUUUCUGGUGUUGAGCAAGGAGGAGAACUUAUCCCUCGUCUACGGGAAAUCUAUUUACGUGACUGUAAGAAACUAAAAGUUGGACUACCCGCUGGUUGUUUUCCAUCCUUGGAAACAAUUCAGAUUCUGGCCUGUGAAGAAAUGGUGAGCGUAUUUCCAACAAGUCAAGUGGAGAUUCAUUCCGCAUAUCCCUCUCUUGAGCGUAUAAAAUUAGACUCCUGUCCAAGAUUAGAGUCAUUUUCAGGAAUGGGCUUGCCCUCUACUUUAAAGCAACUUGAUAUCCAUAAGUGCCCAAUGCUCAUUGCAGACCGUAUGAAUUGGGAUUUGCAAAGACUCUCCUUUCUUCAAAGAUUAUGGCUCGAGGGAUGUGAAGAAGCGGUGGAUUCAUUUCCAGAGGAAGGGCUGCUUCCAUCCACUUUGACUUCUCUUUGGAUCUGGUCCUUCAGAAACCUUAAAGCCCUAAACAGAAAAGGCUUUCAGCAACUCAUCUCCCUUCAACAUUUGAAAAUUUAUUACUUCGAAGAAUUAGAGAGCUUGCCAGAAGAAGGGCUUCCCCUUUCUCUUACUAAUUUAUUCAUCUUGGGCUGUCCUCUGUUAAAAGAGCGGUGCCAGAGAGGAACAGGGGAGGAUUGGCCCAAGAUUCAACACAUCCCCUACAUAAGAAUCGAUUCGGAAAACGUAUGA